GAAGAACUGCUUGAGGGCGAGGAAGUCGCCACGUGCCCCAGUUGCUCUUUGAUUGUUAAAGUCGUUUACGAUAGGGAAGCAUUUCAAAAGGAGCAAUCAGAGGUGCAGACAUUGACUGAGGAUUUAAAGAAGUUACAAGUAGCAAGCCACUAACUGAAAAUGAGUAGGGGUCGAGGAGGAGGUCGUGGUGGAGGUAGAGGUGCAAUGAAUAAGUCUUUUAAUAGGGAGCAAUUAAAUGCUAUGGGAAUAGCAAAUAAUGAAAUGUUACCGACAUUGGUAACUCAGCCACCACCAUUGUUCCCUCUAAUGGAGAGACAUCCAAUACCUCUUACACCCUCGCUCGAAUUAGAUUACCUAUUAAUUCUGAGGCAAGAUUUUAUUGACCACAUGCAACUAUCUCCCUCCUAUCUAAAGUUACCGGACUCUAAAAAUAAGCAACCUGAACAAGAAAUUGAAAAGCUAGUGGCUCAGUUACCUACAAGCAAGCAAAAGUAUGACUGGAGCCUGUUUCCAUCAGAACUAAGGCCCAAAAUGUUAGCUAAAAGAAUUAAGAAGACACAGAUAAAGGAAGUUGAUGUUGUUGAAAGGCUAACGGUCCUAGAGAAACAAGAAGAGUCUAAAGGUACUCCUAAGGUUAAAGAGGAAGUAGUAGAUGAGGAAGCGGAGGAGGAAGUCGUGGAGGAUGAGGAAGACGAAGAAAUGGACGAUGGAACAGAUUAUGCUAAUAAUUAUUUUGAUAAUGGCGAGGGGUAUGAAGACGAGGACGAUAACUUGGAUGAAGGACCUAUUUAUUAAUAUAAAUUGCGUAUUGUGAUAUUUGGGAUUGUUUUUACCUACAUAAAAUGUAUAUAUGUACUUUAAAUAAAACAAGGCUGUUAAACUUGUCAACGUUA